AUUCUCUCCUUAUACACAGGACUCUUGUGUCCUCCUCUCCAUCCCAGUAUUUCUUAUACCCCUCUAUAAGAGUAUCUGGAGUAUAUACAGGGGCCCCCGGGGCAGCCAUCCCUGUAAUCCUCUAUUCUCUCCUUAUACACAGGACUGUUGUAUCCUCCUCUCCAUCCCUGUAUUCCUCUAUUCUCUCCUUAUACACAGGACUGUUGUGUCCUCCUCUCCAUCCCUGUAAUCCUCUAUUCUCUCCUUAUACACAGGACUCUUGUGUCCUCCUCUCCAUCCCCGCGAUUGGAUGGCGGAGCAGAGAAAAGCGCUGUGCGUCUGCGGCGGUGGCGAGAGCUGCAGUCAGGGCGCAGUGUGUCUGACAAUGGAAACUUUCUCAGUUCCCCCAGCACAAGGAAGCUUGUAGAGCUCGGCCCCAGACAAACUACACAACUUCCUUCCUGCUACAAACACAGAACAAACACAGCAGGGAGGCACAAAGAGACGAGCGAGCGGCUGAUCUGCACAUCAUGGACCCCCGGGCUGGAAUCUGACCCCAGAACAGGAUUCUUACAGAAGAAAAGGAGUCGGCGACCAAGGAGGAAGGGACCGAGGAGACGGGGACCAGGGGCUAAGUCCUGGAGUCGCCUCUGGCACAGCUGAUUUGUUUAUGGAGGUCUGGGCAGACGCCCGGCUCAGUCGUCAUCUACUCAACUCUUCAAGCAAUGUUCCUACUGUGGACCAGAAGACGCCUUCAGAACCUGUGUGUGUGAGCCGCUGGUGCCCAGCUCGCUCGGUGUCUGCAGCUCCUCUCCUCACAGGACUAUGGCUAUGUACUGCUAUGCCUUGAAUAGCUUGGUCAUGAUGAAUAACAACAGUGUGACGAAGACGAGCCAGAGACCAGUGCUGCCUGUACCAGAGAGACGGAGCACCUACUGUCCACUGUUGGUCCGAUCGCCACUGCCUCUCCAUAGUCCCGGAACCAGCGCCGGUAACUCUCCGAAAAACAACACCACCUCCUUCAUCUUUCCCGAGUCAGGAGAACGAUCCACAUCGAGAAGUCGUAGUCCUAGUUUUAACGGCAAAGAAGACUAUUCUCCAAGGCUUGCAAGAGUUAGGUGUCCCUCACCUUUACGACUUCAUGGCGGGAAUGUGGGGGAAGCUGUUUCUGUGAUAGAUUCACGAUCGGGGUCUUUGUUGGGGUUGGGGCAGAGCAAUGGAUCAGGAAUGGGUCAUGGGGAAUUUGAGGAGAAGAGACGUUUUGCUCAGAUACAACGGGAACUCCAAAAUGUCCAGGUCAAUCAAGUUGUGGGACUCUUCGAAGCCCAUAUUCAAGCCCAAAACUGCCCAGUUUCUCCACUGCUUAGAAGUCCUCGUCUGGGUAGCAGGUCCCCAUCACCUCUACGGUUUAGUAAGAGGGAGGAUAGUGUGUUUAGUUUUGGUUAUGACAGGGGACACAAAUCAUCUUGCUCCAGUUUGGAAGGAACAUCUACCCCUACAUCACCUAUAUCACCAAUGAUGGUUUCAGGAACGCCAUCCAUAGUCCCAAUAUCUCCAUCAGUAGUCCCAGAAUCAUCAUCAAAGGUUCUUGGAACUCAAUCAGUGGCCCCAGUUUCACCAUCGGUGGUUCCAUUAUCACCAUCUGUGGACGCUUAUAGAACUUGCGUUAGAACCAACCCUGAGCAAAACCUUAACACCUCCUUAGAAGACCCAAGCAAGACUAUCCCACUUAGGAUUACUUCUCCAGGACCUAUCCCUGCAGUCAUAGUCACUGACCAUGGGGAAGACUGUGAAGGUCAAGCGGACAGUAAUAGCCUCAGCAUCAAUCCUUCUAACCUUUCUAGGAAAUUAUCUUCGUCUUCAGCGUCAUCUACGGGUUUCUCUUCUUCAUUUGAUGAAUCCGAGGAUGACGUAUCCAGCGAUCCUGAGAAAUCCGCAGAACACAGCACCCCGUUUCUUCAAACUAUCGAGCAAAAGCCAAGAGUGAGCAAAUCAUGGAGAAAAAUCAAGAACAUGGUGCAUUGGUCGCCCUUUGUUAUGUCCUUCAAGAAGAAAUAUCCGUGGGUGCAGCUGGCAGGACAUGCAGGUAGCUUCAAGGCCGCAGCCAAUGGUAAGAUCCUGAAGAAGCACUGCGACUGCGAGCAGCGGUGCCUGAGUCAGCUGAUGAACGACAUCCUGAAGCCUUAUGUUCCCGCUUAUCACGGGGACGUGCUGAAAGAUGGCGAGAAGUACAACCAGAUGGAAGACCUGCUCUCCGAAUUCGAAAGCCCCUCUGUCAUGGAUUGUAAGAUGGGUGUGAGGACUUACUUAGAGGAAGAGCUUACCAAAGCCAGGAAGAAGCCGAGCCUGAGGAAGGACAUGUACGCCAAGAUGAUCGAAGUCGACCCCAACGCCCCGACCGAAGAAGAGCACCAGCAAAGGGCCGUCACCAAACCCCGAUACAUGACAUGGAGGGAGACCAUCAGCUCCACCGCCACCCUGGGCUUCAGAAUCGAGGGCAUAAAGAAAGAAGAUGGGACCGUGAACAAGGACUUCAAAAAGACGAAAACGCGGGAACAAGUCAUGGCCGCCUUCAGAGAGUUUACAAAAUCUAAUGCUAACAUUCUAAAGUCUUACCUGAACCGUUUAGAAGAUAUAAGGAACAUAUUGGAACAGUCUUCGUUCUUUAAGACCCAUGAGGUCAUUGGAAGCUCCUUACUCUUCAUCCAUGACAAGAGGGAACAAGCCAAAGUCUGGAUGAUCGAUUUCGGAAAAACCACUCCGUUACUGGAAGGUCAAGAGCUGAACCACAGGAUAGCCUGGCUGGAGGGGAACCGGGAGGACGGCUACCUGUACGGACUGGAUAAUCUGAUCGACAUCCUCCGAGAGCUGGCCAACGAGACGCCCAUUAACAGAGCUGGCCAACGAGAAGGACGCCCAUUAACAGAACUGGCCAACGAGAAGGACGCCCAUUAACAGAGCUGGCCAACGAGAAGGACGUCCAUUAACAGAGCUGGCCAACGAGAAGGACGCCCAUUAACAGAGCUGGCCAACGAGAAGGACUCCCAUUAACAGAGCUGGCCAACAAGAAGGACGUCCAUUAACAGAGCUGGCCAACGAGAAGGACGCCCAUUAACAGAGCUGGCCAACGAGAAGGACGCCCAUUAACAGAGCUGGCCAACGAGAAGGACGUCCAUUAACAGAGCUGGCCAACGAGAAGGACGCCCAUUAACAGAGCUGGCCAACGAGAAGGACGCCCAUUAACAGAGCUGGCCAACGAGAAGGACGCCCAUUAACAGGGCCAGGUGGGGUUCCUCCUCCUUCCCGUAACUGACACUCCAUGAAUGCACUACAGGAAGUUUUUAAAGGGAUCACCCGCGUAUGGAUACUGGAAACCCGCAGUGACCCUCCUACUGUAACAACAUGGUCGCUGAAGACCUAUUUUUAUAUAUAUAUAUAUAUAUAUAUAUAUAUAUAUAUAUAUUGAU